AUGGCAGUGCCAGAAUCGCAUUGCCGAAAGCUGAGAUGGGAUUCACUCACCGGUAUCUCAUGAAAUCUGGAUUGCCCAUGUUUUCCAGUGGAAUACGAUACUUGACAACAACCUAUACUGAUCUGUUGCUAUGUUUCUGGUGUUUCUGCGACAUUAUCUGUGCGCACAGAAGUUGCCUGAAGUUAUUGCCAUGGCGGCCUCGUAUGAGCUUAACCAAGCUUCACGGACUACAAAGGUCAGCCGCGCUUGCUUGUUUGUCUUGGCUCGCAUCGAGACUGGUCAUUCUGCCCAUGGCCAAGAAUUUGGGGGUACAUCUUGCCAAUAUUCCUGCCCAGAAGCCGUAGGCCACUACGCAGAAAACGUAAACGAGAUUGUUAUUCUUUUCGUCGGCAACAUUGAGUAGUCCCCGGAGGAACAUCACUCCGCAGAAUGGUGUGAAAACACGGGCUUGGUAAGUUGGAGGCGUACAAGAUGUGAAGGUGUGCUU